UUCUUGGGUUUUAUUCGGCGAAACUUGAGAGAAAUUCCAGUUACAAGAUCAAAAUCUAUAUUCUUUGUAGCCAUAGACUGCAUGGUACGAGCAGUGCAUGCGCAAGUUCAGUUAUGAUCAUGUUGGUUAUUUUAUUGUCAUGUCACUGUUCUUGAGUCCGCACAGAUGACACUUCAACGAUUAUAAAAACCGCAAGACUUCCACCAUGAAGAUAUGUUUCUUCCCAUAAAUACAACAGAACGCGAAACACAUGUCUCAACAAUAAAUGACCUGCUCCCAACCUCUGUGCUCUCACGAGCAACGCGUGCUUUCAACUCUUCAACCUUUCUGCAUAUGAAACUCUUCCAAGCUAAGUACUUGUACCGGAUCAGAUAAUCGGCACAGCGUUUGAUCUCUGGCUUUCUCACUCAAGUGGGCAUCCUUCUCCUUUAACUUUCUUAUCAUCGUCACAUCAAAACCUUGCACCCUUAAUUACAUGCAUGGAGAAGAGACGCCCACUAAAAGAUGAAACCUUUCUGCAACACCCUUUUAUCCUUGCUCUUGUCUUGGCUCUGGGAUUUGUUGUAAUGGACCCAUUUCAUUUGGGACCACUGGGAAAUCAUGAAUUCGUACCUGUGAGGCAUGACAUUGCACCUUAUCACCGAGUGAUGAAGAGUUGGCCAAGGGACAAUAUGAGCAGACUAGGGCUCCACGGGAAAUUGGAGUUCAAAGACCAAGUCUUCGGACCGGAGUCCUUGGAGUUUGAUCCUGUGGGUCGUGGCCCUUAUGCAGGAUUAGCUGAUGGACGCAUUGUGAGAUGGAUGGGGGAGCAAAUGGGUUGGGAAACAUUUGCAUUAGUUACAACCAAUUGGACGGAGAAGCUUUGCUAUAGGGGCAAUGACUCGACGACAGCCAAGCAAUGGAAGUAUGAGAAAACGUGCGGGCGUCCCUUGGGUUUAAGGUUUGACAAAGAGAGUGGGGACUUGUACAUUGCUGAUGCAUACUUUGGCCUUUUGGUGGUUGGACCUGAUGGAGGAAUUGCUACCCCUCUGGCAACCCAUGUUGAAGGAAAGCCCAUUCUCUUCGCCAAUGACCUUGACAUUCAUAAGAAUGGAUCCAUCUUUUUCACAGAUACCAGCAGAAGAUACAACAGAGUUGCGCAUUUCCUCAUAUUACUGGAAGGCGAGGCCACUGGUAGGCUUCUCAGAUACGAUCCUCCCACCAGAACGACCCAUGUUGUGUUAGAUGGGCUUGCUUUUCCUAAUGGAGUUCAAUUUUCUAAAGAUCAAUCCUCUCUUCUCUACACUGAAACUACCAAUUGCCGACUAAUGAAGUUUUGGCUACAAGGUCCAAAAAUGGGAACGGUGGAACAUGUAGCUAAUCUUCCGGGAUUUCCAGACAACGUAAGGAUAAAUGGAAAAGGACAAUUCUGGGUAGCAAUAGACUGUUGCCGCACUGCAGCACAAGAAGUGCUGACUCACAAUCCAUGGUUAAGGAAUAUUUACUUCAGGUUGCCGAUGAGAAUGAGCAUAUUGGCUAGAAUAAUGGGGAUGAGGAUGUACACUGUGAUUUCACUUUUUGAUGAGAAUGGACAGAUAUUGGAUGUUCUCGAAGAUAGAGGGGGGGAAGUAAUGAAGCUGGUGAGUGAAGUCAGAGAGACAGACGGGAAGCUUUGGAUCGGAACUGUGGCUCACAACCACAUUGCCACCCUCCCUUACCCAUAACUAU